AUGUCUUCGCCCCCAUCAUCAUCCCCGCUAUCGCCGGCUCAAAUCCUUCAAAGACAGGGUGCAAGCCCUACUACGCCCACGCCAUCCGGUUCACGAGCGGGCGACGGUACCGUCAACCCCAACAACCUCCAUCUCCGUUCGUCGCCUAGGACGGAAGGGAACGGGACAGAUGGGAUCGAUCCUAACCUCGACCGUCCAGUUGACGGCCUUGACGAUAUGUUGAGAGGUGCACUCGAUGUCAACGAAAGUCGCAAGCGAAAACGGGAAGGGCUUGGCCUACUCGAAGAUGAACGCCCUCCGAAACUUCCUCGGAUCACCAAAGAUCUUGGAGACUCGCUUACUCCCGGUGUCGAAGAUAUUCAACCCCGAAAUAUGUUCAAGCACAUCGAAGAGUUAGUGAGCCGACUACAGGCCCGAUUGGAGGAGGUUAGCCGCCUCCGGACCCAGUUUGUCGCCCCGUCCUCCGCCAAAACGAUCAAGGAGAUGCAGGUCCUGCUCGACAGACAGGCCCCCUAUCUGGAUGAAAUCGAGGCUGUAUUGGGGGAGAUUCUGGUCGGAUUAGCGCCGAUCUUAACCGUGGCCGACGUCGCCAACACCGCUCGCAAGAACUGCAACCACGCCCUCAAACACCUUCAGGCAUUGGAGGCCGAACGGGAGAUCAUGAGGAAGGAGAUAUCGGCCGUCAAAGAGACCGCCAACUCCGCCAAAGACACCGCCAGUACGGCACUUAUCGGGCGAGGAAAGACCCUGACUUUGGCCAAAUUGAUGGACGAAAUCAAGAAGAACCCCGACCUCCAGCUUGCCAUUGCUUCCUGCAGCAACGGUAACAGGAACCAACAGGCUCCUAACACCCCUGUAGCGAGCGGUUCGGGGACCUCCAACUUGCCCGCCACUCCGACAGGAACGGUCGUGAUCCCUUCGACUCCGACGAAAGAGGGGCGUGCGACUGACGUAAAGGCUUUGCAGGCAUGGGCUCACUACUACGUGAAGAAGGCCAUCGGGAUGAAUUGUCGAUACGGCUUGGCGAAGACGUCGAAGGUCGGAUAUCUCCCCGAAGGCCAGUGGCCUCAACCCCUUGAAAACGGCGAAAAAAUGCUCGAAAUCGAGCUCGGCAAUGGCGAGAAAGAGCUCGUGUGGAGACCGGACUGGAAGAAGACGAAGGAGCCAGAGUGGGAGCCGUUUAUCGUUCAGGUAUCGAACCAGAUCCGCAACACCUGGAACCCCAGAAAGGACGGCGAGAUCCCCCUCGAAUGCGAUAUUCAAGCGACUAUCACCCAGUAUACGGUCAAGCGUGAGGCCCACCAAGAGCAGAGUAUCAUGAACGGCGGCCCUCCCCUGUACGCCUGGCAGAAUCGAAGGAAGACCCAAUCGAUUCUCAAAGAUCGGGCUGCAAACUUCCUGAAAUCGGCCCCCGGUCUGGCCAACAAAUACAAGGUAUUCGAGCGAUUGACGGUCGAUACCCUAUUUGCGCCGACACUCUGGCCGGUCGAUGACCCCUUCAACCGUCUGUGUUCGGUCCUGGAACAAACUGGCCCCAAUGAGCCUGAUAUCGAGACCUCCGGGUGGUACAUCUUCCGCCGAUACGUUCACAAUGGAGCCAACGACGAGGUGAUCCAAAACGCGGUCGAAGUCACGUACCCGUAUUGGCUCUCUGACGAGGCUAUUGAGGUUUCCGCUUACCUUGACGAGCUCGCCGCCGACGCCAACGCACAUCAGAUGAUGUACCAAAGGAGGUGGCUAGCCCCCAGGCGCUAUUGGCCUCGUAUCGUACCAAAAAUCAAGGAUCUUCGGGCCCCCUUGGAGACCGAUCGAUCCCGACCUGACCCCAACCCCGAACUCAAGGGUGCCAUCGUUUAUCGGUCGAUGAUUCAUCCGCAGGUUCGGGCUGAUUGGGAGGCAAAUUCGCCGGAAAUCUGGGCUCUAACCUACCCGGAUCCCCCUGCUGAGACGCCCGCCGGUGUUAUCGAGAAGACGUGGCAGCAGCUCACCGUUGGGGAUGAAGCGGCCAAUUCGGUGAAGUCGAUCUUCAACAAAUCGGCUCGAAUGCGGACCUGUCCGAAGGCCGAUAUCACCUCGAUCGAAGGGCUCCGUACUCUUGCUAUCCAGUAUGCCACUGCUGAUCAACAGGUCCAGCCGGGUUUCGAGCAGCCGGGCGGUGUACAAUUGGGCGCCUAA